AUGAUCAUCCAGCCUAUAGUGAACCACCUCUCCCUAGGGAGUGUGGGCUUGGGCCUGCUCGCCCUCGUUUCGCUUCUGGUCUUUGGAUACUGCUUAUACAAUAAAUUCGUCCAUCCUCUCAGUAAAUACCCUGGUCCGUUCCUCGCUACAAUCACUCCUUGGGUGCAACUGUACCAUGGAGUGAAGGGCGACCGCCAUCUGUGGCUGUACAACCUGCAUCAGCAAUACGGACCGUUCGUCCGAGUAGCGCCAAACUUUCUAUCGAUCAACACUGCUCAAGGCCUGCAUGACAUCUACGGCCAUGGCAAGAAAGUCAAGAAAGGCGAUUUCUAUAAUUCGUUCCCUGCCAUCAAGGGCGUGUAUAAUACCCACAAUGUGAUCGACAAGUAUGUCCAUGGCCGAAAGCGCCGAGUUCUGAGCCAGGCCUUCUCAGAAAAUGCCCUGAAGGGCAUGGAGGAUGUCAUGCUGGUCAACAUCCGCCAGUUCUGCGCCAUCAUGGGUGGUGAUGAGCCUUCCUUGGAUGCAGGUGCCAAAACCGAAAAGGGCCAUGUGGUCCGCAACAUGGCUAACUGGUUUGGCUACCUGGCAUACGAUGUGAUGGGAGAGCUCUGCUUUGGGAAAAGUUUUGGCAUGUUGAUCGAGCGUGGAAAACGCGAAGUCAUUGGCCUCGUUGACCGAGCUGCCUACCGUCAUUAUGUCUGUGGAUUGUGGAUGCCUCUGGACCGGUGGCACCUGGACCAGAUUUUCAUCCGCAAGUUGACCAAUGAUCGCUGGAACUUCAUCCAAAAGUCCCGCGUCGAAGCUACUCAGCGUGCAAAGGAGCGAACCCAGGCCGGACACGAAGCGAAGAAGGACUUCUUCUACUAUCUGCUCAACGCCAAGGAUCCAGAAACCGGCCGUGUCAUGUCCACUCCCGAGCUCUGGGGCGAGAGUAACGUCCUGAUGAUCGCGGGCAGUGAUACCACAUCAACCAGCCUUGCAGCUACCAUCUUCUACCUUGUGCGAAACGACCAGGCCCUGGCCAAAGUACGGAAAGAAAUCCGCGACGCCUUCACCGAAGUCGAAGAAAUCAUCACCGGCCCCAAACUAAACGGCCUAGUCUACCUCAAGGCCUGCAUGGACGAGGCCAUGCGUCUUGCCCCCGCCGUGCCCGGCGCCAUGCCUCGCGAGGUUCUCGCCGGCGGCAUCGAGAUCGACGGCCACUACCUCCCCGGCGGCAUUGACGUCGGCACCCCCUGCUACACUAUCCACCGCCACCCCGAGUACUACCGCGAGCCCCUCGCCUACCUCCCCGAGCGCUGGAUCGAAGGCUCCAUGUGCCAGACCGACAACAAGAUCUGGGUGUCGUCGAAAGAUGACGUCGAGAUCGCCCGCAAGGCGUUCUGCCCCUUUAGCUUUGGCCCCCGCGGCUGCAUUGGCAAGAGUAUGGCUCUCAUGGAGAUGCGUUUGACGCUUGCCAGGAUGCUAUUCUUGUUUGAUGUAGAGCUGGCGGAUCGCGAGGGCGAGGAUGCGGAGGGUCAUCUUCACAUGGUCGAUCACUUCACUAGCCAGAAGAAUGGUCCCAAUAUUAUCAUCAAAAAGAGACGAUUUUAG